UGGACAUUAAAAACCACCCAGCAAAAAACAGCUGAAACAGCCAGGGGCGACCUGAAAUUUGUGAACACAGAGUAUGGCUAGAAUCAGUAUGGCAGAAGUUAUUGUUGCUCUAGUUUUAUCAGCAGCGAUGCUGCAGGUCACAUAUGCAGAAGAUUACACUGUUGGUGACUCUACUGGCUGGGUUCGCCCAUCUGACUCCACCUUUUACACCAACUGGGCUGCUGAUAAAGUCUUCCACAUCAAUGACACUCUAGCCUUCGACUUUACUACCGGAGCUCAUGAUGUGGCCAUUGUCACAAAGGAUGCUUAUGACAGCUGCAGCACUACAAAUCCCACCCAACUUUUUCAAACUGGGCCAGUGACUUUGACCCUCAACUCCACUGGUGAACAUUACUACAUAUGUACCAUUACUGGGCACUGUUCCGCUGGCCAAAAACUAGCCAUCAACGUUGUUGCUGACUCUGAUAACACAACCCCUGGUCCUUCUGGCUCAACCACUCCUCCUAGCGCUGCCUCAUCAUCCCGUGGCUUUACCUUCGCUUUCUUCAUGUUUGUUGUCAUUGGCUUGUUGUUCUAGUGCCUCACUUUCUUGAUAGUAAUAGUAUUGCCUGAUAUAUAUGAUUUGGGUUUUUAGUUUUAUACGGUUUGGAAUUAUACGAGUCGCUGUAUCAUGAUAUUGAUUUUGUAUAUCUGAAUAAUGCUGUUGGCAUCAGCAAUUGGAGCAGGCAUUUCUAAUUGAUUUUCAGGAUUUGAUUUUA